AUGGCGAACGAGGAUUGGUCCUGCGACGCCAAUGACGCCGUGCAGCUUACCAUAGUCCAGCCUGGCGAAAAGAAGCCCACGACGAUCGCUACCUUCCAUCCGCAAUUCACAUAUCCCAUCUUUGGUGAUGAAGAGCGCAUAUUUGGUUACAAGGGCUUGAUCAUACGGCUGCGGUUCGCGGCGCAUGAUUUGCGCUCUCACGUGCAUAUUUCGUAUGAUGAGAAGUUCAAGGCCGUUGGAGAUACGGCAGCGACGGAUCUUAACAAGACGCUGCGCGAUUGGAUUUCAGAAUCUGCAUUUAUAUCCCUGCCAGAAUACGAGAAGGCGGUCCAGAAUGAUGAGAAUGCCAAGGAUUUCGUGCCUCCUGGAAAGCGAGUUCAUACUUAUACGACAAACGGAAGAAAUUAUGAGAUUUGGGCGGGCUCGCUUGUGGAACCAGACGUUCGAGCCCUUCUCGAGCGCGCUCAAAUAUUCGUCCCUCUAUUCAUCGAAGCGGGCACCCCUCUAGCGACGGAUGACCCGGAAUGGACACUUGAGAGAUGGACGGUCUACUUUGUAUAUGAAGUUGUUACCCCGCCAACACCUACUGCUUCGAAGUAUUCCAUUGUCGGGUAUGCGACGACCUACCGCUGGUGGUUCUACCAUAACCGUGAAGGGAAAACACACCCCACAGUUGGAAACGGGCCAUUCCCCUAUCCAGAGCAAAUCAAGUUCUCCGAGCUACCGUCCCGGCUCCGAAUAGCGCAGUUCCUUAUCCUUCCCCAUCACCAUCGCUCGGGCCAUGGUACCCAACUCUACACCACUAUUCACAAGGUCUGUGUCGAGGAUCCUACUAUUAUAGAACUGACUGUGGAGGACCCGAACGAAGCCUUUGACGAGCUUCGUGACGCGGCUGAUUAUCAUAUCCUCCGCCCGGAAUUCCUCAAACGGGAUUUGAAUAUCAACCCCAACCCUUAUCCUGCAAAUACAGGCAAGAAACGUCCGCGUCUGAUGCCGACUGCCGCGCUCAUUCCCACAAAGACUUUGCAUGAGAUCCGUUCCAAGUACAAGAUCGCUCCCACGCAAUUUGCUCAUAUCCUGGAGGCGUUCCUGCUCAGUCGAAUACCACUCAAACACCGUGCCGCCGGAAAUGCAAACAUGGCACGGCUUCUUAUCAAGAAGCACAACGCCGAGGAUGAGAAUGACAGGCGCUACUACUGGUGGCGGAUGCUGGUCAAGCAGCGUCUGUACAAGCGUUCCCGCGACGUGCUUAUCCAGCUGGAGCUCAAUGAGCGGAUCCAGAAGCUCGACGAGACGCUGGCGAACGUGGAAGAAGGCUACGAGAAGCUCCUCGAGAGGUUCGGCAACCGAGAGGAGCGCAUAGGGAAGAUGGCCGAAGAGGAAGUCGAUCCGAAGAAGGCGUCCAUGGCGGAGGGUACUGCGAAUGGCGCCGCUGGCAGGGAUCGCACGAAGCGAAAGUACACGGUCAUCGAGGACGAUGAGGACGAAGGGGAGGGGCCGGCGGAGGCUGCAAAAAAGGCAAAAGUCUAG